AGCCGAUGAAUGUCCCGGAGGUCGAGCGCCAGUAGAUUUGCUAGUACCGAUGAGGGUGAGUAUGUGGUCCUAGACCACCAGAAUAUGCUGUCUGAGGAGCGACUCCGCACGGAAAAGAGUCUCAAGAAUAUUUUUCAGAGGAUAGCUCUGUUCAGGUAUGAUGAUGCGAGGUCUGCAGUGAACCAAGCCUUCGACUCAACUUCCAAACAAAGUGGAAACUCUGCGUUUGGAAGCAGUGUGCUGGGUCAACUCCGUCCGGUUAUCGUGAACCUGAUAGAUAAGGAACGAGACUACGUACAGUCGGACCUCCGGAAGAACAAGUCUCAACUCAUCAAGAACAUUGCCAGCUUCAGCCACAAUAUCACCAGCGGAAGGAACUAUAUUCCUAAUACCGUGGACAGAUUAAAGUCAGAUCUGCGAGCCAUAGCGUCACGUGACGUUGGUAUGACGUCACGUGACGUGAGUAUGACGUCACAGAAUGACGUCACAGCCCUGGUUAGGACUGUUGCAGCGGAACUGGAUAUCUACGUGAACGCUAGAUUCACCAUGUUACACGACCAGAUAAUAACAGAGUUUUGUAAAGACGCAGAGACAGCGGUAAAGACGUCGUUCUGUAGAGACAGUCUCAAAAGUCUGCACACCGUCCGGGAAAUGACUGAUACUAUCAAAUCAGACGCUCUGAGUCCGAUGAAGAACAUGCUAGAAUACGAGACGAACGUUGUGGAGCAACUCUUUUCCUGCUCCCUAGCCCUGGCUCAGUGGGACUUUGUCGGCUCCCUCCUCCACCUCCACAACUACAACCAGACUUACAAGGAGUUUAUAGAGGGUUACAAGGGCAAGGAACGCUCUCUUAUGGGCAAGAAAAUCAUCAAGGAUGAUGAGUUUCCAGAGUUAUACAAAUGGUUCUUCAAACUAUACGAGCUUCUCCUUUCAAAAUACACGCUCUAUUUCUCCAAGACACUCUUUCAGGACAGCAGUAGAAAAGUAAUGCGUAGCUCGACAACGAACAUAGUGGACCACCGGACAAAGCUUAAUGACUUCAGUAAGAAAAGUAAAGCCGCUACAAUAUCUCUGAUCCUGAAUGCUGCUAACUUGGAGCGGCCCUUUAUGGGGCAUGGGUGUAAGCUGUUCAGUGAACAGGCACACAGCAGGGCGCUGUCCCCCGAUGCACUCUCGCAAGACUCGGACAUUAGCUUGGUUAGGUCGUGGGAGAUUGCGUCGAAACACAGUUUCAUAGACAAGUUUGAAGUGAUCUUCCACUACGGAAAUGGAAAGGACGAGACACUGGACGAGGAGACGAAGACGGAGAUUGUACAUCUUUAUUCUGAUGUUUAUCACAAGAAUGGAAAACCUUAUAUUUACGAUACGAAGCGAAACAGGUCGUACUAUUUGCUGUUAUUUGACGAGAAUGUCUUCCUGUCCGUUUCUUACAACACCAAGAAGAGUGAGAGAGACAGCGAGAUUAUUAAGUUCUUGGAGGAUUUCAAAAAUAGUAUGAGUUUAAGUAAGGUUUGAGAUGCACCAGUAUUUAAAUGAAAUCGGUUUUUUUUUAAGUUAGUUUUUGCAUUAAAUGCGGAUCAUUGCUUAAGUUGUGAUAAAUUCAACGAACUCAACAGCAAUUAUUUUAUUUAUACAGAGACUUAGGCAUUUUUUGCUUGUGUGAGUCAGACUAUGAUUAGAUUUUUGACUAUUUGAUUUUACCC